AUGACCACACAAACAGUGAAGGUCCAAAACAUUCAAAAUGAACGGUGCAUUCUUUGUGUUCUGUGUCUGAAGGAGGACGAGACCAAGUGUGAGAGAUGUGACAGCUCGUGCACGGAGUGCAAGGGACCUGGGCCUCUCAACUGCACGGUCUGUCCAGCCAGCAUGCAGCUCUACCUGGCAGAAAGCCGCUGCCUGCCCUGCUGCCAUGACUCUGACCUGGCAGGAACCCCAGAGUGCUGUGACUGCAACGAAACGCAAGAUGACUGUGUAUUACGGACCACUCUACCACCUGAGAGCAAAAGCAAAACUGUUUUCUUUGUUAUUACCUGUAUUUUGCUUCUCCUUGUCAUUGGAGCCACUGUAUUCAUCUGGAGAAAAUCACAAGCCAAAAAUCAGGCUGUCAAUAAAGGCAGGUAUGAGAAGCUGACAAAUCACUCCAAAACCUUUCCUUCCAACUUGGGCAACUACCAUGAGAGUACCAGUUACCAGGAAGAUCAGGUCAUUGAGUACAGAGAUCGAGAUAAUGAAGAUGAUGAUGAUGAAGAUGACAUUGUAUACAUGGGCCAGGAUGGCACAGUCUAUCGCAAAUUUAAAUAUGGACUUUUGGAGGAUGACGAGGAAGAUGAGCUUGAAUAUGAUGAUGAAAGUUAUUCAUUUAGAUAACUCUUUACUAAUUUUUUAAUUCCCUUCUGCAUUGCUUUUCCUACUAAAUUAUGGCAUUUAGUGGAGUAUGUUUAGUUACUUCUUAGCACGCUGAGCUCAAGAUUUUAGCUGACAAUUAUUGUGAGAGCAGAAAGGUUUCUAGAAGCAUUUUUUCCUAAAGCUUUACAUAAAUCCUUGCUAGGCUUUUAAGUAGCACUCCAGAUGUAGACUGGUUAAGAGAUUAUGUUUCUGUGCAUUUGGACUAAAUAGACAGUAAGUCAUUUCCCAGUAUGUAUUUCUGUGCAUUAUAACUAAUACAAAUUCUGCUUUAAACCAUGCACUCACACUUACUGAGAACCUUGCCAAUCAUCUACUAGAAAUGUGAAGAUAUAAACAAGAUGAGUGCAUUUAUCUAACUGAUGAAUACCACUGGGAUAGGGCAACAGUAGUUCACUACUUUGUGAUUAGAGCUACUCAGCAAUCCAUAACAGAAUAGGCAAGUUUGCUGACUUUACCCAGAUUUCCUUUGUUAGCAUCAUCUGGUACAUACGUAUUCCUCAAAGCCCACACAUUUCUCUUUAUAAUCUCAUAGCAUACUUCCCAGUGGAAUUGUGCCUCUAUGACAUCUAUGACUUCUGGGUUUACUGCAACAGGAAAUACAAUCUAUGAACAUGUUCACAAAAAAAGUCCUGAUUUCCUCUUUUCAACUACUUUCUAGGUGAUUUAAACACUGAACAUUUAUUAAAGCAGCUUUUCCGUUUCUGAUGUAAAUGGCUCACGAUGUUCAGACAGUGGCAAAGGGGAUAGUUAGCACAUAUUUGGUAACGUAACUUAAAGGAACACAGCAAUGUGAUUUUUUAUUAUUAUUACAGAAAUAUAAUUUAUCAUGCUAAAGAAAGGGACGCUCUUUAUGACUGUGUUGUGAAAGAAUAAAUUCUUUGCUCAAAACUGCCUUGAAAAUGC